UAAAAAUCAAGAAUAGGAAAAAAGUAUAAUAGGGAAAAAAUCAAUUUAAUUCACACAUCCUCUGUGACUCUGCGAUGACAGAAGGCCUAAUUAAAAAGUCUAUGGAGGGGAGAAGACUGUCAAAACAGCGCACAGAUCACACACCCCAGCCCCGGAAGAUGGGGAACUGCCUCAAGUCCCCCACUUCGGAUGACAUCUCCCUGCUUCACGAGUCUCAGUCCGACCGGGCUAGCUUUGGCGAGGGCGCUGAGCAGGAUCAGGAGCCGCCGCCGCCAUAUCAGGAACAAGUUCCAGUUCCGGUCUAUCAUCCAACACCUAGCCAGACUCGCUUAGCAACUCAGCUGACUGAAGAGGAACAAAUUAGGAUAGCUCAAAGAAUAGGCCUUAUACAGCAUCUGCCUAAAGGAGUUUAUGAACCUGGAAGAGAUGGAUCAGAAAAAAAGAUCUGGGAGUGUGUGAUCUGUAUGAUGGACUUUGUUCAUGGGGACCCAAUUCGAUUUCUCCCGUGCAUGCACAUCUAUCAUCUGGACUGUAUGGACGACUGGUUGAUGAGAUCCUUCACAUGCCCCUCCUGCAUGAAGCCCGUUGAUGCAGCACUGCUUUCGUCCUACGAGACUGACUGAGCCAGGGUCUCUCAUCUGACUUCAAGUGAACCAUCAUUUUUGGUGGUUUUGAUCUUUUGUCACUGAGCCCAAAAAGCCAGGGAUUAGGGAUUAAGAUCAUGCACGAAAGUUUCCUAAAUAUUCCUGAAUGG